AUGCAAUUAGGAUAUAAUGAAAUAAUGAUUGUCUCGAAGUAUUUUAAAGGUAUUAAAGAUUUUAUUAAUUUAGAAAUUGGAGUUAAAAGAUUUCAAGGAAAUAUGGAACGAUUUCAUUUUAAUCCAAUUCCAUUGAAUCGAUAUUCAAGAAAAUUGUUUCCUAAUAUUGAGACAUUUCAUAUUUAUAAUAAAAAAGAUGAAGUGUUUAAAGAUGGAAGAAUAUUUAAAUAUGUAAUAUGGUAUAAAGUGAGUUAUUCAAAAUAUUUAGAAGAGAAAGAAGAAAUGAAUGAAUGUAAAAAUAUCGAAUAUACAAAAGAAGAUAGAAAGAAAUAUGGAAAUACAAUACCAAUAGAAGUUACUUUACUUGGAAUUAAUUGUUUUUAUAGAUGUAAUGAUAUUCAAUCAAUUGAAAUACCAACAAAUGUUAGUAAAAUAGGAAAUAGUUGUUUUGAAGAUUGUUCAUCAUUACAAACAAUUAAUAUACCAACAAGUAUUAGUAAAAUAGGAAAUGAAUGUUUUUAUGAAUGUCCAUCAUUAACAUCAAUCAAUAUACCAACAAGUGUAAUUGCAAUAGGAGAUGGAUGUUUUCUUCAAUGUGAAUCAUUAACAUCAAUUAAUAUCCCAUCAUCAAUUACAUCGUUUGGAUAUGGAUGUUUUAAAUAUUGUUCAUCAUUAACAACAAUUAAUAUCCCAAUAAAUGUUAGUAAAAUAGGAAAAGGAUGUUUUGAAGGAUGUAAAUCAUUAACAUCAAUUAAUAUUCCAACAAGUAUAACUGAAAUAGGAAAAGGAUGUUUUAAUAAAUGUUCAUCAUUAACAACAAUUAAUAUAGAAGAUGUAAAAUAUAUUAGUGAAGAAAGAAUAUUUAUGAAUGAACCAGUGUUAAUUAGUAUUGAAAUACCAAAAAAUUUAAAAACAAUAAAUGGAAAGAGUAUUGAAAAGAAAGAUAUUAAUGAAUUUAUCAUUCCAUCAACAAUCACUGAAAUAGGAUAUGAAUGUUUUAGAGAAUGUUCAUUAUUAAAAUCAAUUAAUAUACCAACAAGUGUUAGUAAAAUAGGAGAUUGGUGUUUUUAUGAAUGUACAUCAUUAACAACAAUUAAUAUACCAACAAGUGUAAUUGAAAUAGGAGAUGGAUGCUUUAAGUGGUGUUAUUCAUUAACAACAAUUAAUAUACCAACAAGUGUUAGUAAAAUAGGAAAACAUUGUUUUUAUGGAUGUUCAUCAUUAAGAACAAUUAAUAUACCAUCAUCAAUUACAUUAUUUGGAAAGGGAUGUUUUUAUCAUUGUGGAUGUCAAGAAGGAUUAAAGAAGAAUGAAACAAUACCAGAAUAUUGCUUUGAAGAAUCUUUUUAUGAAGAUUAA